CACAUGGAAGCAUUGCCUGCGACGUGAGCGUGCACCCUGACAGACAGCUUGGACCAGAGCAGAGUGCAGACGUCAAGGACGCUCAGCAGUCAGCAGCAACCUUCCUCCACCUGAUUUGCAACGCUUUGAGUCGCUCAUUCAGACCUCAACCUCGCACGCUCCGUGACAAGCAGAUGUUGCGUGACGUGCCAUCGCACUAAAGAUGUCUGACAGUGGAGACUCCAGAUGUUAAAAAUGUGAUCCUCAACAGCGGAGGGAUAUUGGGGACGGCUUGACGGCUUUCCAUCGACAACAAAGAUGUGGCCCCCAGACUUUGGACCCAUGGACCUCAGACCGCCAGACGCUCAGAUGACUCUUCCUGGUUUCUUCGAAGAUGUGGAGGAGCACCAGAGACCUUCGUAUUCUGGGGUCCAGUCGUCCAUACUCUCAGGUGGCAUUGGGGUGUGCUGUGCACCUAGGACUUCUAUGGCUUCUCUGGAUCUCACCUGUAGGUCCAACCCUGACAGAACUGAGGAUGGAUUCUCUACGGGUCCUAAAACCUCUCAGAGGAUCUGCAAUACUUCCCAACCCACCCUUCCUGUACCCUACAGUCUACCCGAUUGGACCCCAUCUCAAAAUAUUCUGGAGGGCUGUCUCUGUGUAAAACAAGAGCCCACAGAGGACAAAUUACGUGACCAGCAGUGUCUUUGGAAUGACUGCAACGCCACCUGCAGGAGUCGGGAGGAACUGGCGAGGCACAUUGAAAAGGUGCACGUGGACCAGCGUAAGGGCGAAGAAUUUGCCUGCUUCUGGGCCGACUGCAUCCGACGCCGAAAGCCCUUCAACGCGCGGUACAAGCUCCUCAUCCAUAUGAGGGUGCACUCCGGGGAAAAGCCCAACAAGUGCAUGUUUGAAGGCUGCUCCAAAGCAUUUUCCCGCCUGGAGAACCUUAAGAUCCACUUGCGGAGCCAUACGGGAGAGAAGCCGUACGUUUGCCAGCACCUCGGCUGCUUCAAGGCCUUCAGCAACUCCAGCGAUCGCGCCAAGCACCAACGAACACACCUCGACACAAAGCCAUACGCAUGCCAAAUCCCGGGCUGCACCAAGCGCUACACCGACCCAAGCUCUCUGCGGAAACACGUCAAGACUCAUUCCGCCAAAGGUGUCCAGGGAGCCAAGAUUCACAUGUACUCGGUACCAGAAUUGGACAUCUUGAAUGGAUCAGCUCUUCCGGGAUUAAAAAACUUCCCAGGUUCUUACACUAACGGAGGUAACUUGGACUGCGUGCCCCCCCGAGUGGACAUCCAC